AUGGUGCCACGAGCCGGAAUAUAUCAAGCCACAUUAUUGCGAGCUUUCAACCGGCAAAGGAAAGAAGAUAAACUUCGAAGAAUCCAAUUAUGCGUAACUACGCUUGAAUCUAUCAAUGAUAAAUGGUUCACAUAUACUCAACAAAUCGUCACGAUGAAAAGAAGAGAAGAAGAGGAAGCAAUAAAUUUGUCGCAAAGGAAAACGACAAAAUCAGCAUUUAUCAUCAGAAUCAAAAGAACAACAAAUGUCCAUCCAUCCAGAUAUCCGCUGUGA